AUGGUGUACCAUUCCGCGUUCACGGAAUUGCCCGAUUCCAUCCACGCGUCCUGCGGUGUCCCUUUACUUCCUUUGCGAACGCAAACGAGAGGUCCGGCGCCGAAGACGACCGAUUUUGACAUCGUCGACGAGGCUAUUCAGUAUUUCCGACCGAACGUUUUGUUCCGGAAAUACGCCAUUCAAUCCGACGCGGACAAGUUGUUGAUUUAUUUGACUCUCUACAUCUCCCAAUGCUUGAAGAGACUUCACCAAAACCAAAACCAAGCGUCGUCGUCGUCCUCCUCGCAACAAGGUACGAAUAAUAAUAGUAAGAAAAAUCUGAUGACAGAAGGGGCGAAGCUUCUCUUCGCGUUAGCGCACGACCACUUUGACAUCACGACUGGGUUAGGAGGGAUUAUUGAUGGCCCGAAAACGUUUCAAGAAGGUGAAACGUUGAAGUCGUAUCUCGCGCAGUGUCGCGAAGAAAUCGGUUUGCGCCUGGUUGACCACUUAUACGUCGACGAAGGCACGAAAAUGAACAAGUUUUGGAUGGCGUUCGCGAGGAAGAAGUUCAUGAACAAAGAGUUACCAGAAUAUUGA